GGCUUUGUAAUGCUAAGAAUCAGCAUUUCUUUUCUGUGCCCAGUGUGUUCAGGUUAAAUUUUUCUCUUUUCUUUGGUUUGGUAGCAAAAUGACGAGACUAAAUGUUCUGCCAGAAUGUCUAUGGAUUUUCUAUUCCCAAAACAGAGCUUCGUGUAACUGGCUAUAAACUGGGACAUGACUCAUUGAUCAUUUUCUCUGGAUGUCACAGUUACAUCGGAUGAAACAAAUUUUAUGAUGUGGCCCGCAAACAACGACAAAGACAAUUAUAACCAGACCUAUAUUGCGUACAAAGAAAGAGAAUGUUUGUUGAAAGUGGGGGGAAAAAUACUGGUCACGUGCUACUUCAAUAAUGACAGAUGGUAGGGACACAUAUUUUGGGUUGUAUAGCUGAUUACGUGCUCUAUUGUCUGUGGCAAGCUGCCAUUUGGCAUUAUGUAAUCUACAUAAGAUCAAUCACUGCAUUCCCUCCAUACUACAUGCCAUAUACCCUGGGAUUCAUUCAGAGAAGCCGUGCCAAGAGAACAGGCUGUGCUUUAAGUGUGUCAAACUGGCACCUAUCUCCACAACUGCUUACCCAAGCGGCAUCAUUUCGAUAUGACUACUUGGGCGCUGAUACGAGAGAACUACAUGUCCUUUUGAAAUGUAAGCUGAUGUAUCUGAUGAGUUCUAAAAAAUAUACUACCAUUUGUUACCUAUUGCAGAUGCACAAUUUUAUCAUUUUUAGCUCUUAAAAAAUCUUUUUAAAGACUCGUUACAUGAAGAAAAUAUACAUUCCUUUCAGUAAAAUAUACAUUUUAAUUGACUCUUUAACGUAUAAUAUGAACAUUUCAUGAUGUGAUUUAUUGAAUAGAAUGUUACGUUUGUUAUUUGAAACCUUACUCAAACUGCUCUUACAACAUGCGUACUCCUUCCAGCACAGGAAUAUGUGUCACAGAGCAUGGGAGAUUGGAAGUUGUUGGGCAGUAUCUUGGAAGAGGUUUACAUGCACUCAACCAUAGUGGGCAAAAUCUGGCUGACCAUCCUGUUCAUUUUUCGGAUGCUUGUUCUCGGUGUUGCGGCUGAGGACGUCUGGGAAGAUGAGCAAAGGGAGUUCGUUUGCAACACAGAGCAGCCUGGAUGCAGAAACGUCUGCUAUGACCAGGCAUUUCCAAUUUCCCUCAUUCGGUUCUGGGUGCUUCAGAUCAUUUCCGUGUCCUCGCCUUCUCUUUUGUACAUGGGCCACGCACUCUACCAUCUAAGGGUCCUCGAAAAGGAGAACAGGAAGAAGAAGGCUCAGAUGAUGGUGGAACUGGAGGAGAUACGUCCAAUUCUGCUUGGCCACAAUAGGAUUGAAAAGAAGUUGAGAAUGUUAGAAGAACAGAGAAAGGCAGCUAAGGCUCCUCUUAGAGGGUCACUCUUGGGCACAUAUGUUUUCCAUAUCUUAAUGAGAUCUGUAGUAGAGGUGGGCUUUAUAGUAGGGCAAUACAUCUUAUAUGGUGUUGGGCUGGAACCCCUAUACAAGUGCAAGAGAAUACCCUGCCCAAACAGCGUGGACUGCUUUGUCUCCAGACCAACGGAGAAAACCAUCUUUAUGGCUUUUAUGACAGUCAUUGCCAGCGUUUCUCUGUUCCUGAACCUCCUGGAAGUAUCUUACCUGGGAGUAAAAAUCAUCGGGAGGAGCUUUCAUGAAAGGAAAGGCACACAUCACGAUUAUGACUACAAGGGCAAGAGAAGCCAGGAAGGUGGAAUGAAACCUGCAACAGUGAGCUCGUUAGCGUGUGAAAACGAGGCAUUCAUUCAUAAGACACUCGGCUGUGUGCCGGCUGAGCACAGGAACUAUCACCUGGCGCCCAGUCCUUCAGCUGUCCUUCAGGAGACUGAGAAAGAUUUGUGGUAUAACAGCAAAGCUGGUGGCAUCAUUCAGUCCGAAAGCAUGCAUCAGCAUCCAAAAGAUCCGUGCCAGACCAUCCAGGAGGAUAUGCAUGUUCCUUUUCUCCAAAGUGCAAAGCAAGGUCGUGCUGCUUUGGAUAGCUCUGAUCAGUCAUGCAGCGACAAGAACUUUCACACUAACAAGAGGUCCAGGAACACUGACCUUCAGCGAUACAGCCGGCCACACCCUAGAGCGACGUCUCGGGCUGGUCACAGAGAGGUAUCACCCUAUGCACGCAAUAUUCCUCACAAGCAGAACUGGACGAGAUGUUCCAGACGCCCUGGGGACACACGGUAUGCGCUCCAGGGUGAUGUCAUGUUCCCGUCUACGAGGAAGAGUGGCUCUUUGUGCCUGGUGCCGUCAGGGAACAGGCCAAUGCAGCGAUCUGGCAGUCCACGCUCUAGGAGCAGCUUGGGAUCGGAUUUCAAACUGUUUUCAAAAAGAGACAGUUCAUCCAUCGUGCUGAGCAGGCUGAGCCUGCCCACUGCAAGCAGAGCCAAACAACAGGCAGCCUCAGAUCUUGUUGUGUAAGACAAAUGCUGCAAAUUAUUCAUAGAUAAAAAAUAGCCAGUUCAUGACCUUAACUUAGCGGGUAGGGAAAAAUGGUUUCUUUCCAACUAGCAAAACUAUUUCUAUUUUUAAAGUGAUUUUUUCCCCCUUCGAAUUAAAAAAGAAAACAUUUUGUAGCUUUAUUUUAUUCAUAAAUUUUCGAGGUAAAAUAUAUAUUUUUCAGAAUAUUUUAAUGACC